UUUCAGAACCUUGCUCUCCCAGCAGAGCUCCAGUUGCUGUCUCCUCUGAUUCCUCAAACAUUUCCAACAUGUCCCUUUUAAUUUCCUUCUUAAUUGGGACACAGAUGCUUCAUUUGGUGGUUGCCUCUCCACCUCUUUCCUUUCUUUUCCCAUCAUGCAAUUCUUUGGUGGUAAAGGCUGCUGCAGAAGCGGCCCUUAACAAACUCAAUGCAGAUCGGAGAGAAGGCUACGUUCUUAGCCUCCAGCGCAUUUUUAAUGUCCAUGAACUACCCCAGCAGAUCGGUGGUUCUCUUUUCUACCUCACUAUGGAUGUGUUAGAAACUGAAUGCCACGUCCUGAGCAGGAAGUUGUCGAAAGACUGCAACGUUAGACAUGCACACGAGACAGUCUAUGGCCAAUGCAAAGCAAAAAUUCAUUUCAACAGGAAUUCCAAUCAUUCACACUUGUACAGUUAUGACUGUGUUUUACAACCACUUUCUAAUUCUGCUAUUACACGUGGUUGUCCUGAUUGUCCAGUCCCUGGAAACCCUUCUGAAGCCACUUUUCAGGAGACAGCGGCAGAGAGCCUGGCCAAAUUCAAUGCUGAAAAUAACCAUAUUCAUUAUUUUACCAUUCUCAAUGUCACCAGAGCAAGUUCACAGUGGGUUGUUGGUCCUUCCAACUUUGUAGAAUACACCAUCCAGGAGACUUGCUGUCGCAAAAGUCCACCUGUGCCUGACAUCACCAAAUGCCCUCUCCUCCCGUCUGAAACUGCAGUAAGUAUUCACACAUCUUGCAUAAAACCUAUCUAGCCAUUAUGGCUCAAU